AAAAAGUGCGGGUUCUCUGCAGCGCUGCACAGUCUCAUUUGGACCUCCUAGACGUUGUCUGGUGCUCUGCCAUCAUGAAACUGAAGCUGCUUCUCAUUUUCCUCCUCUUGGCUGUGCUCCUAAUCACUACUGAAUCGAAACCCAAAGACAAACACAAAGACAAACAUAGAUCAAGAGGACAUGGACGGGAGAAAAAGAAGCAAAAAUUUGAAGAUAUAAUUGAAGAUAUCAUCUUCAAGGAGUCAUCUGAUGACGACGACGAAGAUCAGCCUUUUUUGGACUGGCUUCGUGACCUUCAGGAUCUACAUGGUGAAUGCACACCCAAUCCCUGUCUUAACAACGGUGUGUGUAAGAAAAAAGGCAGGAGAGGGUACAAAUGUGACUGUCCCGAGCCUUUCAAGGGAAGGAAAUGCGAGAAAGGCCCUAAAGUGUGCAGAAAAGGUGUUUGUGGUUGGGGCGAGUGUGUGCUGACUUCAACCGCUCCUUUCUACGAGUGCAAAUGCAAAUACCCAUUCCAGCCUCCAGACUGCAAACGAUAUUCUGUGUGUCAGCCAAACCCGUGCAGAAAUGGUGGCCAGUGCGUCCAGGAGGGGAAUGACUUUGACUGUCAGUGUCCCGAAGGGUUCCGUGGACGUUUCUGUCAUGUUGGUCCAAACGACUGCUAUGUGGGUGAUGGUGAGUCUUACCGUGGAAAUGUGAGUGAGACAGAUGACGGGUUUGACUGCCUCUACUGGAACUCCCACUUUAUCCUGGAAAACGGAGCUGAUCCCUUCAACUCGUUUGAGGAUGACGACGGCCUUGGCCCUCAUAACUUCUGCAGAAACCCAGAUGGAGAACCAAAGCCCUGGUGUUUUUACAGACGAGGACGAAGAUUGUUGUGGGAUUACUGUGAUGUGAAUAAAUGUCCUGAACCAACAGGUGGACCCAAACCUACUACUGGUGGCCCUCCAACCCCUGCUGUUGACCCCACAUCUCCUAUCAUACUAUUUCCCACUGAAACAGCAAAGACCACCAGUGCUCCACAGCCAUCCCAAGAUCCAUCUUCACCUGUUGUGCCAACUUCAUCUCCUGCACCAAAACAGUUUGAAACUUGCGGAGUGGCUCAACCAAAAAAGGUUUUAACUCGAAUCUUUGGGGGUCUGAAAGUCAGUCCUGGAGCGGUGCCCUGGCAGGUUUCUGUGCAACAGAAACCAAAGAACUCCAACAUGGCAUACAGUCACAUCUGUGGAGGAGUUCUGAUCGAGAGUUGCUGGGUUCUGACAGCUGGACACUGCAUUGAAAAAAACAAGGACAUGCAGGUGGUGAUGGGUAGCCUGUCACUGAGCACAAAUGAUCCUUCAGCUCAAGUCAUUGGAGUUGAGAAUGCGAUUGUCCAUGAGAACUACAGGGAGACUUCUACAGCUGUUUACAACGACAUAGCUUUGUUAAGGCUCAGGGGGACAAAUGGAGUUUGCGCAAAUGAGACCCAGUUUGUGAAGACAGCUUGUCUGCCCAGUGGCCAAAUCUCUGAUGGGACUGAAUGCACCAUUUCUGGAUGGGGGGCCACAGAGGACUCGAAUUAUGGCUCGAAUCACCUGUUGGAGGCUAAUGUUCUGCUGAUCAGCCAGACAAAGUGCUCUGAACCCACUAUUUACGGGAACGCUCUAAAUAAUGGCAUGUUCUGCGCGGGCUACCUGCAAGGAGGAGUUGAUUCCUGCCAGGGGGAUUCUGGAGGACCACUGACUUGCAAGCAGAAUGGCACCAGUGUUGUUUAUGGUGUGGUGAGCUGGGGAGAUCAGUGUGGAAAGGAAAACAAACCAGGAGUCUACUCAAGAGUCACUAACUUCCUCAACUGGAUCAAGUCAAAGACUCAAGUACCUGCUUAAGUAACCCAAGGAUAUUAGUUAUAAACAAACCAGCGUGUUUCGCCAAGAAUUAAGAUGUGAUUGAAGUUAUUUUGGUGUUAUUUCAUAACUGCCCUGCACCUGAUUGAAUUCUUAUGAUGCCUCCCAAAAAGUUCCUGAAAUUUUCUCAGCAUAUUUUGUCAUUUUCUCACAGGCGAAUGUGAAAAAUACUUUGAAAAAAAAAAACCUCAAUAAAAUUGUACUCCACUGUG